AUGGGAGUCAAGGACCUGGUCCAGUGGGUGAAGAAGACUCACCCAAAAGCCAUCACCCAUUUCCCAAAUCGAUGGGCAUCACCCGAGUUCAAGGGGAAGAAGGUCGCAAUCGAUGCGACACUCAUGACCAACCGGUAUCAUUUCGCUUCGAGAGAUGGACCGUUCAAAGGGAAAGGGGAGAUUAUAGGUUGGUACAACUUGAUAUCAGAAAUGAGGGCAUAUGGGGUGAAGCCGAUUGCCAUAUGGGAUGAAAGAGGACCGAGGGAAUGGAAAGCUCCAGAGGCCGUCAAACGUCUGACAGCCCGAGCAAACCAUUUGGCCCGCCGGAACCAUGAGCUCGAUCGUGCAUCUCGACUGGAUCAGUUCAAGGAGGUACUCACGGAAUUUCAGACAAUGACGGAAGAAGAGAAAGAUAUAAUCAGAGGUCUUUUUGUGACCACGCGCUUUGCCUUCCAAAGGCCGAAAGAGGAUGAACAACCAAUGGAUUGGGAUGAACCUAGACCAUAUGAGAUACCUCCUACAUCAUCAGUCUCAGAUGAAUCAUCAGCUCCCUCUCCACCUAUUCAAGAUAUCCCUCCUAUCGAAAUGGUCCCGCCUCCUAUCGCAGAAAUACCUUCUUCUGCUCAAGGCAUUCCUCUUCCUAUCGGAGGUGUCCCUCCUUCUGUUCAAGAUCAACCACCACCCAAAGACCAUUCCACACCCUCACCUCCGCCUAUACCACCCUUGCCGGAAGGUAUCUCCUCACCAAGUAAAGCCUCUCAACUAUCCUCCACACUAUCGGAAGCAGACAGUCAAGUGAUCGACCGAGUGGUAUCAAUGAUCGAUAGUUUGGCACCUCUGAUCCAGGAAUACAGAGAAUCGCAGAGAAGGGGUCAGGUAGGUUCCAAACUAGAUAGUGAAGAUCUAGAUUUGAGUUUGAAUGGGGAGAUAGUAGAGAUGGAAGAAGACUUGAGAGAAUGGAUACCUUCUAAGUCAUCGUCCGGUGGAGACGAUGUCAAGGAAGAGAAAGUUGAAGAAUUGGAUUCGGUAUUGGAAGAAUUGUUACCGGCUAGUAAUGUUGGUGAAUCACCUAGACAACGGGCUUUGACAAUCGAAGAAGGGGAGAUCAUCACUCAAAUGUUGUCUAGUCCACCUUUACCUCCUUUCAAAGAAUCAGCACCUGAGCGUCAGGAAGAACAGGUGUACCCUACUCCUCCUUCUACACCUGAACCUGAAGAAGAGAUGAAAUCCGAUCCAAUGACCAGGUUGGAUCGGUUAAUCGAACAACUACCAUCGACUAGAAGUAUAUAUGAAAGAGCGUUAGAUAUUCCCUCAGCAGGCGAUCACGAGGAUUGUAAAGAGUUACUAAAGAUUAUGGGUGUACCUGUACUAGAAGCGAAGAUACCUUAUGAAGCUGAGGGAUUGGCAUCUGCUUUGGCAAAGAGCGGUUUGGUAGAUUAUGUGGGUACCGAAGAUAGUGAUGUUUUGGCUUAUGAGGGUCCACUACUUAAAAAUCUCUCUCCAAUCACUUCAUCCCUCUCUCUCAUAUCUGGCACGAAUCUCCGAACUCUCACUGGUCUUUCCCCUGCAUCAUACCUGGACUUUCUGAUACUACUAGGGACAGACGCUUCGCCUCGUAUACCCAACGUAGGUCCAGUGAAUGCACUGAAAUAUAUCAGAGCCCAUGGAUCGAUUGAAAAGAUCUUGGAGAACGAACCGAAGGUAUUGACAAAGUUGGAAGAUGACUCAAUAGGCAGAGAGAGGUUUUUGGAAUUGGUCAAUAAUGCUAGAAAAGUAUUUACAGAGUUACCUCCUACUUUCCAGUGGGGAAAUGAAGAGCUGGAAGAGAAGGAAUGGGAUGAAAGAGAGGUAGAAAGGUUUUUGGAAGAAAGACAUGGUAUACAGUUGGUAGAUCGAGAAUCGACUUUAUAA